UUGGUGUGUUCAAUAAAUACAAAAGGUACAAACAAGCAAGAGCCAAGUACUGUAUCUAGCCAGGAUUUUCAUGUCUGAAGCUUAUAUGGGGAUCAAGCAACGGCAGAGCCAGAAAGAGAGGGAAAAACUAAAGGGAAUAUGAAGAGUUCAGUUAGUUCGCUGGUAUUAAGAUAUAGGGCUUAUGCUGCAAUGUUGGUCGGUCAGUUUAUUACUGCAGGCAUAACUCUAUUAGCCAAAGCUGCAAUUUCCAAGGGAUUGAACCCUUAUGUCUUUGUUUUUUAUCGCCAAGCUUUCGCCACCAUUGCCUUGUUCCCCUUCGCCCUCUUCGAACGCAAUCAGGCUGUUCCUUUGUCAUACACCUUACUGGGCAAAAUCUUUCUUCUUACCUUAGUUGGGUUAACACUGGGUUCAAACCUUUUCAUUCUUGGACUUAACUAUUCCUCUGCAACAUUUACUCAAGCCUCCACAAACACCGUCCCGGUCAUUACUUUCAUCUUGGCUGUCACAUUCAGGGUGGAAAGCAUUUCCGUGAAGCAGAUACAUGGCAUAGCCAAGAUUUUGGGUUCUGUAUUGUGCCUUUCAGGGACAAUAAUAUUUGGUUUAGUAAAAGGACCUCCAAUAAGUUUCACGAAGUCGCAUCCAUCAAAUCCGCAGAAUAGUAAUUCAGAUUCAAUAAUGGCAGCAGCUCACUCUAAAGGAGAUGAAAUCAAAGGACUUGUUUUUCUGCUCUCAGGAACCACCGCCUUGUCUUUAUGGCUUGUUUUGCAGGGACUUGUAGUAAAACAAUACAGUGCAAAAGUUCGCAUGACAACUCUACAGUGCUUGUUUAGCAGUAUACAGACAGCUGUUUUGGCUGUGAUACUGGAAAGGGAUCCUUCAGCAUGGAAGCUUGGAUGGGACAUUCACCUUCUUUCUGUGCUUUACUGCGGUGUGAUUGGAACAGGGGUUUUGUUUUGGCUUCAACUGUGUGCUAUAGAGGAGAAAGGCCCAGUAUUCUCAGCAAUGUUCAUUCCUCUGGCUCUCGUAAUCACUGCCUUCUUCUCAACACUGCUCUGGAAAGAGCAACUUCACUGGGGAAGUAUUGGUGGAACUAUUUUGUUGGUGGUCGGACUUUACAGUGUGCUGUGGGGAAAGAACAGAGAAGGUGGAAAUGGGCAGAGUCAUGAAAACAGAGGGCAAGAUCCAAAAGAGGACACGGCGGUGGAGUGCCCCACCCAGAUCCGAAUCGAAUGAUUUCACAAAACGAAUAAGGCUGGAUUUGUCUUUUUCUGAGGACAUGCUAUUUAUAUUAUUAGCUUGUCAACUUUUUGAAUUUCCUUUCUUUUUCCACAAUCAUGUCUAAAUCGCUGAUCGAUGAAAUUCCUUGUGUUGAGAAUGAAUGUAUGUAAGGUGAAUUUACGUACG